GGCCGGCCCGGGGAUGCGCGGGCAGGAGGGGUCCAAGAUGGCUGAACUGCAAGUGGACUCGACGGUUGGAGGGGGCGGUGUCGGGGACUGCCGCGGCCCGGCCAGCGCCAGCCCCCGCAGCUCCUCCUCCGCCGCCGCCGCCACGGCUUCCUCUCGCGGCCACGGCCGCCCAGCCGCCGCCGCCGCCACGGCCUCCGCUCUGUCAUCACCGCCGCAGCCCGGGCCGGGGCCACCCGAGCGGACGGGGGGCGCGGGGCGCUGGGUCCGACUCAAUGUGGGCGGCACGUACUUCGUGACCACCCGGCAGACGUUGGGCCGGGAGCCCAAGUCUUUCCUCUGCCGCCUCUGCUGCCAGGAGGACCCGGAGCUGGACUCCGACAAGGAUGAGACAGGAGCCUAUCUGAUCGACAGAGAUCCAACAUACUUUGGUCCUAUCCUAAACUACCUCCGCCAUGGGAAACUCAUCAUUAAUAAGGAAUUGGCAGAAGAAGGUGUCUUGGAAGAAGCGGAAUUUUACAACAUUGCCUCUCUUGUGCGACUGGUUAAGGAAAGGAUACGAGACAAUGAGAACAUCACCUCACAAGGCCCUGUGAAGCAUGUAUACCGAGUUCUACAGUGCCAAGAGGAAGAACUUACACAGAUGGUCUCUACUAUGUCUGAUGGUUGGAAAUUUGAGCAGCUAAUAAAUAUUGGAUCUUCCUAUAGCUAUGGAAAUGAGGACCAGACAGAAUUCCUCUGUGUUGUCUCCAGGGAGCUAAAUAACUCUACUAAUGGUAUUGUCAUAGAGCCUAGUGAGAAGGCAAAGAUUCUUCAGGAACGAGGCUCUCGGAUGUGAACUAAGAAUCUGGCUCCACUGAAGUCCUGGACAUCAAUAGGGCUGUCCAGCAGAGCAUCUCUCCAAAGUUCAACCUUGCUCUUGUACAGUAACCACGCUGAAGCAAGGCAAAGCUGAACCUGGCUCACCAAUGGAGAAUCAUUCUGGCUGAAACCAAAGGAUUUUCCCCCCUUCACUGUAGGAAACUAAAAAAACCAGAUGAGACUCCUACCUAAAGAGUUCUUUUUCAGAAACCUGCCUUUGUUUUCUUAGCCAGGGCUAUAACAGAUCUUUACAGUAGGUGUGCCAGGUUCCUAGUUGGAGCCUUUACCAGGAUAUGGGGGAAGGGGAGGACAAGGACAUAUAUAGCCAAUCCGUAUUCCAUAGAUGGCUGGGGUCAGGUGGAAAACAGCAUUCCUACCUGGGCUUGCCAUGUUCUCACUCCAAGGUUUACUAAGUUGGAAAUUUGUGCUACUUGGCAUCACUCUCUCCUUCCCUUCCCCCCCAUUUCUUCAAACGGGUACAGCAGAUGCAAAGAAAUCUAGCACAGAUUGACAACAGAAAAACUUUUAUUUUUAAAAGAAAGUUGAUUUUUAACACUGAAACACUUCAUCUUUGCUUUACAUGUCAGUUUCCCAAUUUUGGUAUUGGGUUCUAAAUACAUUUAAGGAGAGCCUUGUGUCUUUGUUGAACUCAGGCGUUGGGGUUAAAAGAUAAACUUGCUUACAUUGUCUCACAUCACUUAAACCUGCCAUCUUCCCACAGGAGCUUUGAAUGGACCCUUCUUUGGGUAAGAGGAAGACUUUCGGCUCCUUUUUCCUUGUGUCCCUCAAGAUCCCAAGCAAUCCGGCUGGUUUGGUUGGGGUUACGAGUGCUUGCUAGCACUUAGUCUGGGGCACUUUGUGCUGCCUUGUUCAGCUUUGCCUUGCUUGCCUCUAACAGCAAGGACGUUCCUAAAGCCCUGCUGUGUCCCCUGCACUUGCUGCAGAAGGUGUGAGGCAGACUUUUGUUCUGUACUCUAUCUAUACAACAGGUAGGCUACUUAACCAGCAGAUAAAUGAAAGUUUCUAUUUGAGUAUUUCAGCUGCCUCUGCAGCCUCCCUCCACCCCCUGUGGGUCUUGUCUCCCUUUGCCAGCCUAUGAACUCCCUGGCAGUUCUUAGUUGGCAGGACUUAGGGGGAGGGAGGGGAAGUUGCCAAAAUUGUUGUGAUGUUGCCAUGUAUUGUUGCAAAGUAUUGUUGACUUCUGUGACUGUCUUUUUGGGAAUGCCUUGAAUGAACGUGCAAUGUUUGUAUAUGCCUCUCUUGGAUUUCUAAUUUUAGCCAAUAGGACCCACGGAUGCUUCAGUGACUCUGUACCAUACUAGUGUAUGUACUUACUUGGAUGGUAGUUUCUGAGGUCUUGCACUUUGACACCUGUCACCCCUCUCCCUACAGUGUCAUGUUGUCUAAUCCCAAACUACUUGUUUGGCUAGGAUGGGGAGUUAAAUUAAAGUCCUCUAUUAGACAGUGAACACAAGAACUGCACCUGGGACCGUUUCUGGCAUUUCUAGUUACUGUCUUUGAGUAAAUAAUGGGCCAGAUAUUCCUUCCUUUAUCCCUGCUGAUAUAUGGUGUUGUGGCAUUUUACUAAAGAUAUACAUAAAGUUCCCCUGGAAAGCAUAAACUGGUAUUAGGGUUCUCACUGAGUUGAGGGGUUUUUUUGGAGCACUUUCAGACCUCUGUGCCACUCAGCUAUCAUGUUCACUAGGUUAGAAGUUCUUUCCGUGGGACCAGGGCAAGUCUGGACUGGCAGUUUUUUGAAACUGUCCACUGCCAAUUAAUUGCCUUUUGAACUUGUGAUGGGCCAGUGCUUGGAUGGCCUGACUUUGUCAGAUUACCUAGUCUGGUCCUCCUUUGUGGCCCUUAUCCUUUUGUAUGAUCUGGUAACUUGUAUAUCUUGACUGAGCCUCAGUAAUACUUGGGGCAUGUAUGUAGUUGUAUGCAUAUGAAAUCAGUAUUGGUAAUGUAAAACUUCAACCCUUAUCCAGUACCUUUCACAGCAAAGAAGCAUCAUCUAAAUCAGAAGACAUGUAAGAGUGCUGAAAACAGGCCCACAACAGUUAUGAUGAGUUAACAUGUUAAGUUAACAUGAGCCCCAUCACCUUUUGCAGAGAAGAAGUUCUUAGUCAAGAAAAGAACACCUCGUAAAGGUAAUAGGAAGGGCUGCUGUGUUGAGAGAGAUUUGGGUGGGUGUGGAAAAGGCUUGUCACCAGGGGAAAGAGUCUUUGGGGUCCUCUGCCUAAAUUCUAUGUCUUUUUGUUUGGGGCUUCAAAUCCCCUGUUUGCCUCUUAUGGUGUCAGACCAUUUGAAGCUUGCCUGAGAACCAAUGUUCUGUGAUAAAGACAGGUCAUGGAGUAAUCCCCAACCCAGGACCUAAGCCAAGUACCUAGAAUAAUACAAAACACAGGUUUCAGAUGGAAAGAGAACUGAUGAGGUGAGUGUCUGAGCUGGCACCUAAUAAGUAAAUAAACUAAAAUUUGGUUUAAGAUUAUCCAGAAAUAUCAAGCAUCUACCAUGUGGCUAGUGCUACCAGGUGCUUGAAAGAUGAACAAGUAGUGUGGGAUGAGGUCCCUGCCCUCAAGGUUCUUACAGGCAUGUUUCCUCCACUGUAGCCCAAUACCAUUAAAUACUAAGUUUCCAACAGUUUUAGAAAGUAAUGUCAGACUCUAGAAUCAAUGAAACCUAAUCAAUUGAUUAGGUUUCUACAGUUUAAGCUACAGUGAAAAAUUAUCUUAUAGAGCCCCUUCAUGAACCAAGUUAAUGUGCUUGACAAAAGCUUUCCCCCACAAGAGAACUAGCCCUUUAUCCCUGGAAAUUACCUAUCAACUUGGUCCAGUUUGUCAAAUUAUUCACAGUCUUGUCAGCUGUACUCAGCACGGCAGCAUCGAGAGAUGCACCCUGUCUGCCCUUUGAUUCCCUUCUUAGCAACCGAGUGCUAAUGAGAUUGUCAGGGCAGUGCAAUGAAAGGGCUAGCAUCUCUGUAAAGAGGUUUCCUGAGCCUGGGUGUGGAAGCAGUGUCAUUUUAUGUUAAGUACCCAGAGCCUGAUCUGUUUUCAUGGCAGUGAAAUGGGGAGGGGGGCGGUGUGGAAAGGCCCAACCUCCUCUAACUUGUCUUUGUUUCUGCACAUUUUUAACUGAUCUCAGGGGUGACAUUGAGGUGCUGGGGAGGAGGGGCCAGAUAUAUCAAAGAGAGAAAGGGGCAGCGCCCCAGCAGGGACAGGACCUCCACGCCCUCCAGUGUUGCUGCAGUCCAGAUGUGUGAUACUGUCUGUCACUUGUGGGGUGCCCUUUGCUACUGUUAGUGUUUGAAUAACAUUUGAAAUGCUGUGAUUUUUUUUUCGUCAAUAAAGACAGUUAAAACAAAUUGAUGAAUCUUGCAA